AAGCUUCAAAUGUACUAGUAACUUAUUUUGUUAGCACUACCAAUAAAAUUUAUAAUUUACAUUUGAUAAAUCAAUAUGUUAAUAAGUUGGACAUAUUACCCCAAUUUGCCGUACAAACCAGGGAUCAUUCCAAUUGAAAUGUUAAUUGUUUGUAUAUGCUAAUUAACAUACAACUUUAUUUUCUUAUAUAUACCAAACUUUCUCCAUAUCAAAAUAUGCAAGCUUCUCAUUUCUAAUACAAGUUUAUAUAAAGUUUCAUAACCAUAAAAGAGUAAUGGCUUCCAGAUUUCAAUUUGCAUCAACAACUCUAGUCUUAAUCUUAGUUUUAGCCAUAUGGCUCUCUCAGUCGCAAUGUCGAACAUUGAACGAUGCUUCAAUGUCAGAACAACAUGAGCAGUGGAUGGCUCGGUAUGGUCGCACCUACAAAGAUGAUGCUGAAAAGAAAAUUCGUUUCCAAAUAUUUAAGAAAAAUGUAGAGUUUAUUGAGUCGUUUAAUAAAGCAGGGAACAAGUUGUACAAACUAGGAAUCAAUGAGUUUGUGGACCUUACCAAUGAAGAAUUCAAAGCCUCUCGUAAUGGUUACAGAAAUUCCUCUAGUGUUCCUAGAUCCACUUCAUUCAAGUAUGAAAGUGUGACCGCAAUUCCAUCCAGUAUGGAUUGGAGGAAGAAAGGAGCUGUUACUCCAGUCAAGGACCAGGGUCAAUGCGGAUGUUGCUGGGCGUUCUCUGCAGUGGCUGCCACAGAAGGAAUCACUCAAUUGUCCACAGGAAAGUUGAUAUCCUUAUCAGAACAAGAAUUGGUAGAUUGUGACAUAAAUGGCACUGACCAAGGCUGCGAGGGGGGACUCAUGGAUGACGCCUUCAAGUUCAUCAUCGACAAUGGAGGCCUAAACACAGAGGCCAACUAUCCUUACAAGGGAGUUGACGCCACUUGUAACAAGAAGUCCUCAUCUUCUGAUGCUGCCAAAAUAACCGGCUACGAAGAUGUGCCGGCCAACAGUGAGAAGUCUUUGCUAAAAGCUGUUGCCAACCAGCCAAUCUCAGUGGCAAUCGAUGCUGGUGGUUCUGAGUUCCAAUUGUACUCAAGUGGUGUCUUCACCGGAGAAUGUGGAACGCAAUUGGACCAUGGUGUCACAGCUGUAGGAUACGGAACUGCAGAUGAUGGUACUAAGUAUUGGUUGGUAAAGAAUUCAUGGGGUUCGAGUUGGGGUGAGAAUGGUUACAUUAGGAUGCAGAGAGAUGUGAAUGCCGAAGAAGGUCUUUGUGGCAUUGCUAUGGAAGCUUCUUAUCCUACUAUUGCUUAAACCAUAUUAAUUUAUAUGUAUAAAACAAAAAUUAUGAUAGCUAAAAUGAAUGUUGAUCACCUAUUCAUACAUACAUGAAUGUAAUUUUUAAUAUAGUUUAUAUACACGAAUUUACAUAUGUCACUCUUCUGCUUAUAUAGUUAGUUAUUAAUGAUCAUAACCAAUCUAUCUAACAACUUGACUGAUGACUCAGUGAGAAAAAGUAGCUUUCAUUAAUUAACAAUAAUCUGCCAUACAAGCUGAAAGCACCUCGAAAGGAACCGUAGACUCUACAUAACUACGAUCAGCAUAUAAACAUGAAGCCCGAGCUAAAAAAUGAGCAACACCAUUCGGUGACUCAAACAAAAACUUAGUCUCAAAUCAGUAAACCAAG